GAUAUUGUGUUAAUGUUACAUUAUGUUUAAUAAUACAUAAGGAAUUGAUGCUUUUCAUAUAUUGAAUAAUGUGUCAAUAUAUGUACUUACAUAUCUUAAUGUAUUUGACUUUAUAUUCAAUAACACUUCAUAAUAUACAUGUGAUAAAAUAUGGUACUGUGUAUGUAUAAAUAUAAUUGAACAUAUACUGUAUGUUGCAUUUAAAUCUAUAUUUGUAAAAUCUUUGGUAGCGGUGUAGAUAAUCCAACAAAGAUGAUGCAUGAUGCAGAAUUACAGAAGAAACAAUAUUUAAUCAUCACAAAGAGCAAUAGCACACUACACAACUAACAUAACGUUAAUGCAAGAAAAUGAACCGGAGUGGAGACGGGAUGAAGGACCACGGCGGAACCGGAAGGAAGAGACCAGCAGAGCCAGAGGGGUGGAGGGUCGAGGCACAGCUGAUGACUCAGAAGUCCGAGGCGAAGCCAGAGCAACGGUGAAUCUAGGUGGAGCCAGAAGGACGAGGGAACAAAAGAUGUUCAGGAAAAUGCCCUGAUUGUUUAUCCUGGGCUCAGAGGCUUGAGGUGGAGCUGAUGGAGGCUGGGCAAGACCAUCCGUGACGAAGGAGUUGGGCAGAUCAACUCAGAUCCAAAGACAACCUGGUGCUGGACGAUGGAGACUUGGUGCUGGAUGGAAUCAGCGGCAAUGAAGACGACUUGAAACUGGGCUGAACCAGACUGAGACGACUGUAUGAGACCUGCGGAGGCUCUUGCUUCGUUGGCAGGCUCGGGCUCCGAGUCUGUGGUGGGCUCUGGGUUUUGAUCCAUAGCAGGCAUGACUGAAGGCUCUGGGUCCGGAGGGGGCUGGUGUUGUCCUCAUCAGCGAGGCAGAUGGUGUAUGUUGAGCCACAGUAGUGUAUGCACCCACUCCACAUGCCAGAUCGAGAAAAUCCCUCGAAUGAUCCUUGAGGGAGCAAUCUCCCUGCUCCAGCAGGAGCAGACGGACAGCAGGUAUAUCCAUGUUUUUCUCUUCUGCUGCUUAAUUCAAUCUGGGUCUUGCGUUCUGUCUUGGUGCUUUGUAGGAAUAUCCAAAAGACGAGAUGUGUGAUGCAGAAUGAAUAAAGAUACUUUUAAUGAUCUUUUAACUAUCAUAAUGUUGACACAAGACACUGAACUGAGGAAAACUGAGGGCUUAAAUACAUAAGGAAUGAUAAUAAACGGAACAGGAUUGAACUAAUCAGAAACCAUGACAACUAAUAAUGAACAAGAAUUCAGGCAAAAAAACAGGGAAAAUGAAACAAAACGAAUCUCAUUUUCUUGUUGCUAUGACUUUAACUUUAUACCAUCACAAAUAUUUUCAUAUAUGAAAUGUGUAACUAUGCAAGCAAUAAAGUAAGAGUAAUGUUUAUGAAUAGUGCUCAGCUUUAUGUAAACAUGUGUUUGCUGUCUGGUCUGGUUGACUCAUUUUUCUCUCUUUCUUUCUUGCAUAUUUUUACAGUGAAGCCUUAUAGAGACUUAUAAAGACUUACCAAGUUUUUCCUUUUUUAAUUUGGUAAAAAAUAACAACAAAACUGAUGUUUAACUUAAAAUACAUGCAAUACAUUUUAAUCUAACACAGUUAAACUAAAGGAGAUGUUUCUCCCUUGUCUUUCUCUUGCAGUUGUGAUGUUCAUUUUCUAGGGUUUGAGGAUGAACUCAAGUCUUGGUAGAGAACAGGGUUAAAUAUUCCUAAAAAGUGCCUGCUCUUUUGUGCAUUGCCAUCUUUUCUCUUUUACCGGAUGCAUUCAUAGUCUGGCACACCCUCCAGUCUCAAAUGGGAAUAUAUUACCCUGCUGAUCUAGUGCACUUGCUAGACGUGCACUGAAUAUACCACAGGAGAGACAGCUGGAGAACUUCAGAGGGACCAUGAGUAGCAUGGCAAGAGAGAUCCUGGCGUUUAUACUCACCACGUCGGGCUGGGUGCUGGUGUCCUCCACUUUACCCACAGACUACUGGAAGGUGUCUUCAAUCGACGGCACGGUUAUCACCACAGCCACCUUCUGGUCCAACCUGUGGAAAACUUGUGUGACGGAUUCUACUGGAGUGUCCAACUGCAAAGACUUCCCUUCAAUGCUGGCACUGGACGGUUAUAUCCAGGUGUGUCGAGGUCUGAUGAUCGCUGCCGUCUGUCUUGGUUUCUUUGGAUCUAUCUUUGCUCUGAUUGGCAUGAAGUGCACUAAGAUCGGUGGUCUUGACCAAACCAAAGCCAGAAUCGUCUCCUUCGCUGGGGUCAACUUUGUUUGUCUUGGUCUGUGCUCUCUGACCGCCUGCUCCCUCUACGCUCACAGGAUCACCUCCGAGUUUUUCGAUCCUAUGUUUGUUGCACAAAAGUAUGAACUGGGCGCUGCGUUGUUCAUCGGCUGGGCGGGAUCGACGCUGUGUAUCCUCGGAGGAGCGCUGUUCUGCCUCUCGCUGUCUGAAGGCAUGAGCAGCAGUUCGCCGUAUCCGUCGGACAGAAGGGCUUUCGUCAACAGCGGAGUCUCUGCAAUGUCCCGUGCGGCGCCACGGAGUCAGUCGUCACAGGCGAGGAGACCUCCGCCAGAUUACACCAGCCCUUCACAACACUUCGACAAGAACGCCUACGUAUAACACACAGGGCUGGAGUACGGUGUCAUAUCUCAUUGGGUUUUGUCGCUCUUUUAGUGCCUUGGGAUGGCCAGCACAUGUUGUGUAUCAGAUUUGGUCAGGAUUAUUAUUUGAUUUCAGCAGCAUGUUAAUGUUUACGCAGCACUGCAUGAGAUCACGUCAUCUGUUGAUAGUUGUGUUGUGCUCCACCAUUUCGGGUGAUUAUUCAUUUCUGGCAGUAUGUGGUGUUGAUCAGUACAUCAGUCCCGGUCCGACGCAGGCCAGACAGAAUCAGGUUUCAGGAGACUGUCGAAUGAAAUUUCAUUUCAAUGCAGAUUUGAGUUUCAAUAAUGUUUGAAUUUCUAAAGAUUGUAUUGCCUGUUGUGCCUAGCCUCAAAAAUGAAUGUGAUUAAGAAUGUUUUUUGUUCUUCUUGUUGUUGUUGAUGUUUAAUAAAUAUUCAUAUAAUUGUUGCAAUAUAUUAUUGGGGUGAUACAAGUAUUAAAUGUGCAUAAUAUCUGUUUGUGCCAAAUAGAUAGAAGAAAUGUGCAUUUCAAUUAUUUAUCCUUACAAAAUUACCAGCGUCU